UGCGUCCGGUUCAGUGCUAUCGUCGUGAAAUACGUGUAUUGUAUCGGUUCCCGCGGAGUUCGGGUUCACUCACCAUCAACGUCAAAAUAUUUGAACUCUAGCGUUCUUUCACUUUUUUUUUCUGUCGCGUCGCAUGUGUAGUUAUGUGCGAUUCUAUUGAAUAGUGAUCGGCGGUCGCUCUGAAAUUCCACUUAAAAAAUAACAGCGUAACAAGUCAAUAAGUUUACUCGUUCAAUUAAGUCGAUAUCCGCUAAAUUCAGCUGACAAGAUGGAUGAUUCAAUUGGCGGUGAAUGUUGCAUCAGGUUUUGCACAACCAUGAGACUUUGCGCGCCAACUCGAACAAAUUUAGUGUCUAGCGGUGGAAGUGGGUGGUGAUGCUUCAUCGCAACACAGAAUUCAACGGAGACCCAAAACAUUGUACUGCCCACGUUGCUAACACAGUUUAUAUCGUGACGACGCGUCGACGGAGGAUUUCCUUUUCCCAAUGUGAAUGUGAAGCGCAGAACACCACGUGCUUAUUGUGGUAUAAAUGCAUUCGGCGUUCGAUAUCGUUCUAGUUGUAAAAAUGGUCAUUGUGAUAAGAUAGUCGAAUAAAUGCGUAGUGAUGGAACAUCAUAAACCAAAUUUUGAUACAUCAGUACGUGUAAGUCUGAUUGGACAAACGUGUUGUUUGGCAGUGCCAUUGAUUAGAACAAUACUGCGAAUGGAACUCUCGAGGAAGUUGGUGACGGCGAAUUUGUCAUGCUUGAUGUACUAGUCACUGUGCGGUUCCAUUGAUGACUAUUGUGUAACAGGAUUAGCGGGGAAUCUGGUGUUUCCACACCGACUAGGACGUGCCGCAGUUCUGAAUGGAUCUCAGACGUUGCCGGUACGCGUGGUCAUUCACUUGGUCAGCGAGCAGGACUACAGAUAUUGCCGAACAGUUGAUGCGAAUAGUCGUGCGGAUGUCAACCUCUUCAAAAGGACAGUGCCAAGUUGUACAGUUGUUCUAAUCGUAAUUAUGAGCUACGGAUUGCCUUGAGGAUCAAUGUUAAAUUGUGAUUAGUGAUUGUUUUCUGUGAGAGCUCAAACUAGUGGACCUUUCGUUUAAAUUCAUAAUAAGAAUCGAGAUCUCGAUCAGUGAGUGGGCGAAAUAUUUCUCUACGAGAUUAAGACAUUAGAAACUUGCCAAUGUGUUGUAAUUUGUGGCACUUCUAUUUCAACGUAUACUAAAUUCACUUAUUUCAAAUCCCUUUAUCGCCGGGAAGGUGUAUGCGUUGAAACAGCAGGCGGUAAAUAAAUCAAUCCUUUUAUCACUGACUAAUUUUUGGUCAUUGUGAAUAGUGACGAAUCGAUCAAUUGUUCAAGUAUCAAAUUUAAUUUGACGAAUGGCAGAAUCUGUAAGGAUUAUAAACGAUACCUCUGCAGUGGGAGCAAUUGUGCAUGUGUCAGCGCCUAAUGGCUUUACGAAAGCGAAAAAUGGAACGGUGACUGUGGAAGCCAUACACGAUCCUCCGGACGGAGGAACCCGAGCAUGGUUGGUGAUGGUGGGUGCUUUUCUGUGCAAUGGAGUACUGUUCGGUGUAAUAAACACCUACAGUGUAAUUUAUUUAAGCUUGCAGAAGCAGCUGCAGGAUCUUGGUGACACCGAAGCAUCCAGCAAGGCAGCCCUGGUCGGCUCUCUCACAAUCGGAACCACCUUCCUGCUGUCACCAGUAUCCGGCAUCCUAACGGACAAGAUUGGCCUGCGGCGGACCACGUUCUGUGGUGGAGUUCUUACCUGCGGCGGCAUGUUCCUGUCUUCUUUUGUUACGCAUAACGUUUCCGCACUUUACUUCACCUAUGGAAUAAUGUUUGGAUUGGGAGCUGCACUGGCAUACACACCCUCGCUAGCGAUUCUUGGUCAUUACUUUAAAAAAUAUCUUGGAUUAGUGAAUGGAGUUGUGACGGCGGGGUCGAGCGUUUUCACUGCCAUCAUGCCAAUUCUUCUAGACAAAUUAGUACAAAGCACGGGACUGGCUACUUCGUUCCGUGUCCUAUCUGUGAUUUCAAGCUUUGUGAUAUUCUGUUCACUACUGUACAAGCCUUUACAGCCACCGCCACCGCCACCGAAAAUCAAACCGGGCCGAUCACAAUUUAACACUAUGCUGCGAUCGUUUAUCAAUUUUGACAACUGGAAAAAGAAGAAAUACAUUAUAUGGGCACUGUCCAUUCCGAUUGCGCUAUUUGGAUACUUUGUGCCUUAUGUCCAUAUGGGUAAGUUUGUGAAGGAUUCAUUCCCAGGAGAAGGGGAAAAUUGGCCAGUGAUAUGUAUCGGAAUCACCUCUGGGUUGGGCCGGCUGAUUUUCGGGUUCAUCGCAGAUCUUCCUCGAGUGAAUCGGGUACUGCUUCAGCAAAUGUCAUUUAUUAUGAUUGGAACUAUGACAAUGUGUCUUCCUGCCACCGGAUCGUUCCCUGUACUACUGUUUAUAGCAUUAGCGAUGGGAUUAUUUGACGGAUGCUUCAUAUCACUGCUUGGGCCCAUUGCUUACGAUAUUUGCGGGCCACGGGGCGCAACUCAGGCGAUCGGAUUCUUGCUAGGAUUGUGCUCUGUUCCACUGACUGUUGGGCCACCCAUAGCUGGAAUGUUAUACGACCAUUUGGGUUCAUACACAGUGCCAUUUAUUCUGGCUGGCAUUCCACCGCUUUUUGGCGCUAGCACGAUGUUCUUAAUUAGAUGUGUUAAAGACUCACCGCAGAGUGCGGAGUGUGUACUAAAAGAUCCUACGCAACAACCUUUAGCACAACCAGCCUGGGAUUGUGAAAAUCCAUCGGACCGGCUACAUGGAAAACUAAACGGGCAUGUUCGAGAGGAUCGACGGGCGACGUUAGCGAGUACAGAAUCACUUACUACAGAGAGCAAAUAAAAAAACAAUGAAUAUCUUUACGCGUACCAGAAGACAAAAUGAUAUUGGAACCAUAAAACUGAUGUAUCUGCGUGAAACAAAAACGUUGAGAAACGUGAUUUGAUCAAAAUUAGUAGCUUGGGUUGGUAUCCUGCAAAAGAAUCUAACAACAACUGGUGCAGCUUAAGUUCAUUUAUCUGAAUGCUGAUAUUAAUUACAUUGCUAGAUUAGUACUAGUAAGCAUUCUUCAUAAAAAAAAGAAUCGUUAGGACCAUUCUUCUUUAUAUAGUUUUUAAUUAGUCUAGAAAUACCUGAUGACAAUAUUUUGAAUCGACGUUUUCCAACAGGAAGAGGAUCCCAAACAAAGAAAAAAUAAGCUCCCAUGCACUCUCAAUCAACGUUGUCCAGUCAAUUAGUUACGGUUCGUUUGGGUGAGUGAACAAGUAACUGUAAUUAAACCAAGUCUCUUAUGGUGGCAGGGUUUUCUUUUUAUCCUGAAGUAAAUUUGAAACCCCCUCCUCCCGAUCAUCUCACUAUGCAGGUUUACUGAAUAUCACAAUCCUGGUAGAAAUCUUGGAUAUAUAAUGCAUUCGCUCAAAAAUUCUUCAUGGAAAGUUACACAUGUUUUCUAUGUAAUAUAGACAAUAUUAAGACUAUUGUUUAGCAGUAGUCGGAUUGUUGCUUUUAUUUGCCUUAAAAGUGAGUUAUUUUUACAAUUCAGUUGAGCAUGAAUCUAAAUGGAAGAAUGAAAAAGAAAAAAAUCUUUACUUUAAGUAUAAACUUAGAUAAUACAAUAGUUGUUGUAAAAAACAACCCACACGAAAUGACAAUGCUGAAUUGAAACAGCAUUGCUAACUCUAAACUAGAGAUUCACUGAAAACCAAAUAGUAGGUACCCGAAAAAGUUUAUUUUUCAGCCAUCAACGGUUCACAAACGGCAUUAGAUCAAGCAUUAGAUAGAAAUGAAAGCUACCUUUUCAUCGAGUGAUACAAUUGAUAGUAGUAGACAGGGCAUAAUCAAAGAUCAAUAUAAACUGCCACCUCUAGACCACUUGAAAAUAUACUUGAGACAUCGAUUUAGUUAAAAUGUUACUCAUUCAGUGCAUUUCGGUUUAUUCAACGCUAGGAUCAAAUUUAUGAAAAAUAUACUGAAAAGAUGUACAAUAUUUAUGUUUUAAUAAAUAGGUAACGAUUGAAAUGAUCUUGUACACAGAUUAGUAGAAAUUCUAUUAUAAUAAACUAAUAAAUGUGAAAAA